AUGUUUGAUGCCGUCAAAGAAAAAGAAGCCAAUUAUGAUGGUUUACGUCGACAAGAAAAUAUGCUUCUUAACCAGUGGUACAGUCGGUCGACAGCGAAUAUCGAUGCGGUAAUGAAUUCAACAUCUGAGGGUAAACCACUGUAUGAAAACCACUUGUCAAUAGCGACGAUAGCCAUAAUACUGUUAAUUAUUGGAGCAACUGCUACCUGGAUUUGUCGCAAACGCAUGCAUGACAAGAGAAUGCAAACCCUUCGGAGAGCUGACAUAACUGGUGACGAUGAAGAUGAUCUUCUAAUCAGUUCAGUAUAUGCCACUUAA